AUGAAAAGCGAGCCUAAGCAGAGCUGUGUUUGGGUGCAGGGCAGCGAAAACGAGGACGAUCUGUACGGCGGCGCGUGGUGCGCCGAGCCAGAGGAGACUAACCACUGGUUCGAGGUCGAUGCUCGCCGAGAGGUGGAGUUCACCGGGGUCAUCACUCAGGGAAGAAACUCGGAGACAAUCGAGGAUUUCGUGUCGUCCUACUUCGUGGCGUUCAGUAACGACAGCCGUGACUGGACGACGCUGCAUGAUGGCUACGCUGAAUGGUUGUUCUAUGGGAACGUGGAUAAGGACACGCCGGUGAUGAGUCAGUUUUCUACGCCGGUGGUGGCGCGUUACAUCCGCAUCCUGCCUCAGAGCUGGAACGGCAGCUUGUGCCUCCGAGCCGAGAUCCUGGCCUGUCAGCUACCCA